AUGAUAAAACAAUGUAAAUAUGAUUUUCUGUAUAAAUAUAAAUUAGUUUACAAAUGUUUAAUCAUAUCAAUUCGAUCAUCAGAUGUUUCGCAUAAUUUAAUUGAUGAAAUUCAAACAGAACUAAAAUCAAAUUGUAUUAUUCAAUAUGGUCUUAAGUUCGGUGAAUUUCAUCAAUCAGCUGAUUCAAAUACAAUUCAAAAUGAAAAUUCUUAUCCAUUUCGAACAAGAAAAGAUAAACAUUCUGUUGAAAUUCAUAUGAAGAUGAUCAACAAAUAUUUAAAUUUAAAUCAUUCAGGUUUAUUAUAUCCUUCGAAAACAAAUCAUUUACAAAGUGUUAAUGGUACUCUUGAAGAACUAAAUUCUUCAAUUAAAGAAUAA